GUAAUUAAGGGCCGCAUGCGCACUCGAGCUGCAAAAGCGAGCCCGCUAACUAUAACAGAGCUCACGAUUUCAGGUAGUUAGAAAUUCUACAUUAAUCUACCUGUUUUGAUUAGUUAGAUUAAAAUGAGUUUAGCAUUUACCAAGGAGCCCCGUAAGACGGCUGGAAACCGCAUGUCUAAGUUAUUGGAUGCAGAAGAUGAAGAUGAAUUCUACAAGACCACAUACGGGGGAUUCAACGACGAAUCAGGAGAUGAUGAGUACAGAGGGGAACACUCCGACACAGAAGAUGAGGUUGACAGUGAUUUUGACAUAGAUGAGGGUGAUGAGCCUGACAGUGACCAGGAGGAGGAUGCACCUCGCAGGAAGAGUCGAGUUGUCACUAAAGCAUAUAAGGAACCUCUAAAGAUGACCAGGCCUAAACCAAAGAGGCCCUCGGAGGAGAUGAAGAAGACUGAGAAAAACAAGGUGGAAAGAAGGUCCCCACAAGAGUUUCAGGAGUUUGGCGAAACUCGGAAGUCUGUGCGGCAGUCAACCAGCGAGCAUACGCGAAAGACCAACCUGCGGCUGCAAGAAAGACAGGAUGCCCCACGACGGCGGAGAGGAGCCCAUCAUGACCGACCCCUGACCCAGGAGGAGUUGCUGGCUGAGGCAAAAAUAACUGCCCAAAUAAACCUCCGAUCACUGGAGAACUAUGAGCGUCUUGAGGCUGAUAAGAAAAAACAGGUCCAUAAGAAGCAGCGAUUUGAGGGCCCCACCAUCCGCUACCACUCUGUCCUCAUGCCCCUGGUGCCUCACUCCAUCUUAAAGGAGGAAAAUGUGGACGUGGAAGGGUUAGACCAGGAUACACCACAGCCUGUUGUUCCUGUGGCACCAAUGCUUUCCCAGCAACCCAUGGGAGGUCUUUUCUCCCGCACAUACAUCACCUUUAGUGACGAGGAGGCCUUUGAAGCUGCCUUCCCCCAGGCAAUGCAGUCUGGCACCCAGUCCCCAACCCAGGAAGUGUGUCCUGUCACCCACAAAGCUGCAUUGUACAGAGACCCUGUUACUGACAUCCCCUAUGCAAAUACACGAGCCUUUCGCAUUAUUCGUGAAGCCUACCGCAAAUAUGUGGCAGCUCAUGGAUUCCCCAACUCUUCAGGGGGUUUUGCUGUCGUUGAUGCUUCGGGUCCGAAAGGCGCUCGCCAGAAAAUGGUAAAGCAGAGCUCCGUUGUAACAUAGAGGUUUAUAUCAGUCUCUCAACUCAUCUGGAUGAGUGUUUCUUAGAAUUUUGAGCACCUUGUCUUUUGAAAUGUUUAAUUCCAAUGAUUUAUUUUGCAACAAUAUGACCACCCCACCACAGAUUUCCAUCCCGGUUCCUGGAAAGCUACUUAUCCUUUAGGUUUUCACUAACCCUAAUCAAAUACAUCUAAAUAUAAUAAUUGUUAAUUAGCUAAAUAAGGUUAGUUACAGUUGUGGCCACCCUUGCACUUUCUUCUAGUAACGCACAUUGUUAAAAAAAAUAAGUUGACAUUUAAAAGUAUUUGGUCUCCAUAAUUCUUUAUUUCACUUCAACUUGGUUGCAGUCAGUCUUUUAGCUGCAAUAACUGCUUCAUUUAGCUAUGGAAGAACUGUACUGGCAGUUUGGCCCAGUAUUGUGCAAUCUGCUUCAAUUCUCACACGUUAUGGGUGCCUCCCAACUACUGUUUUCAAAUCUCUCCAAAGGUUUGAGGUUGGUUGCACUUGCAUGGGCCUUAAACUUCUUUAAUGUUACGUAUCAUCAAAACGGAUACUCAGGAUACUCAUGAAUGAGAUCAUCCAUCCUUGACUCUUGUUUGACCUUUUCUCCAUGAUCAUUGUGGAACUCAGUGACACAAACAGGAUAAUUGCUUAUUUUCUCUAUUCAAAUUUAUUGAAUUAUGGAUUUUCAUAUUGCAGAUAACUCACCACAGAAGUUUGUUUUCAAAGAAAAGCAGAAUCUUGAAAUCUAAUUAUUUCUAACUACUUCUAGGAGUUGCCUGUAAUAUUUUCCAGUCCAUUUUAGCAAGUUAACUGAGAUUUUUUUUUUUACUGCAAACCAGAAAAAUACAUACCAAAACAUUUUAGAAUUUCAACAAUUUGCUCAUAGAAAAUGUGUAUUAUUUGAAUAAAGUAUGCAAAUACUCUUUGAGCAAAAAAAUAAUACCCACUUUGGUUUUGAGAAGACUACGGUGGGUUUUCUAACUUUUUGACCUGGCAUUGACAGGAUCAAAAUGAACAGUGAGAGAACAGGUGACAAGGAACCCCUAUAACUAAAUGCUGCCACCACAAUACUUGAAAAUAGAGAGGAUUAACAGCAUUGCAUUAAUUCUGGGAAUAUUCAAAUCCCAGUUUGUAUCCUUAAAUACCUUUACUAAUUACAUGAAACAAGUAAUGGCAUUGAUGCUAACCACACAUUCUUUUUUUUAAAUAAGCAAACUGUAAUAUCGGGGUGUCUUUUGACCUUUGAAAUUGUUUUACAAUUGCUUUGUCAUUGUUAUUAAGACAUUUGUAAUUUUUUGUAAAAUAAAAUAUUUUGAAAUCA